AUGGCUCCUAAACGCAAGCAAAACUCACAGCAGGUAUCAUCAGUGAAGAAGAAGGCCAAGCACGCAAAGAUGGCACAACAAGUCAAAGAAGCAUCUCCGUUCAAGACUCUUCCCAUCACCCUAUUGUCAGGAUUCUUGACAACACUUCUCAGCUACAUCCUCAAUUCGAAAGACCAUGGGCUGAAGAUCGCCAUGAUUGUCAACGACAUGGCUGCUGUCAAUGUGGACCAAGGCAUCAUCGUGGCAGAUGGUAAGAAGAAGGGUCGUGAAGCAGAGAAGAUGAUCGCCAUGCAAAACGGCUGUAUCUGUUGCACGCUUCGUGGCGACUUUGUUAUCGAACUGGCCAAAAUGGCUAAAGCUGGCGAAUACGACUAUGUCUUGAUUGAGAGUACUGGUAUCAGCGAGCCGCAGCAGGUAGCUGAAAGCUUCACCACCGACUUUACCGAAGCUAUGAUGGGUGCCGAUGGAGCACUCGAUCAGUUUGACGAAGAGGAGAAGAAGGUCUUCAACGAAAUUGCUCAGAAUGGUGGUCUGAAUAAGGUCGCCAAGCUCGACACCACGGUCACAGUUGUGGAUGGUUUCAGAUUUUUCGAAGAAUUUGAGACCAUUCAGCUCCUACACGAACGUUUCCAGUCCGAGGUUGAAACUCCUGAAGAUCAAAGAACCGUCAGUGACUUGAUGAUUGACCAAAUCGAGUUUGCCGAUGUGAUCAUUGUCAACAAGUCCGAAAAUCCCUACGGCGUCAAGCCUCUGAAUGUUAGAGAAAUUAUCGCAACAGGCAUGUAUAGCGAAGAAACCUCUAUCAAAAGCUCUGGCUGGCUCAAGAGCAUCAACGAAAUGUCUAUGAUUGACAACCAUGGUCGCACCGUCAUGGCUCCCAAGCCAGAAACACUCGAGUACGUGACCACUUUCAAUGACAUAUUUUCUGAGGAUAUUGACAUUGUAUUAGAUNAUGGUAUAAACAGCUUCGUCUACCGAGCAAGGAGACCGUUCUCACCUGGUCGACUUUACGAGCUCGUGCAUGACAAGUUUGUUAUCUUAGAGCCUCAAGAAGAAGACGAAGAGGAAGAAGAGGAAGAUGGAAGCGAAGAUGACGCCGAUGAGAGUCAAGACGAAGAGGAAGCCGAGCAAGACGACACAGCCAGUGAAGCCGAAAGCGACGAGGAGGAAACCGAACAAUCUUUGGAAAACAAGGCAUCCCAUUCGGAUUCUGCAGAACACUCCUCGGAUUCUUCGAGUCUCAAAACAGCUUCUGAGACUGACGCCACCUCUCUGGCUUCGGACGACCAGGAUGCGCUCGAUACCAAGUACCCUGACCUCGACCUCCCAACUCGCCUAGCCAACAAAAAAGCUCACCCCGUGUUCAAGCCUCUACUCCGCUCAAAAGGUUUCAUCUGGUUAGCCACCCGCCCCUAUGUCAGCGGUGACUGGUCGCAGGCCGGUGCUAUGCUUACCGUUUCUGGUGGCCUGAACUGGUUCGCUGUGGUCCCGGAGGAGCAAUGGCCCUCGCCCAGUCAAGAAGUUACAGACUUGAUCAAGAAAGAUUUUGAGGGAGAAUGGGGCGACCGCCGACAGGAGAUUGUGUUUAUUGGUGAGGGCAUCGAUGUCAAGGCCAUCACAGAGUUGUUCGAUGAAUGUCUUCUGAAUGAUGCAGAAAUGAAGAAGUGGGAGAAAACCAUGAGAAGGAAGGGUCUUACUAACGAGCAAAGAGAGACCCUUCUUUGCAGGACGUUUGACGAUGGUUGGGAAGAGUGGCGCAACCCUCUUGAAGAGGAAGAUGGCGAAGGCCAUGAUCAUGCUGGUCAUCACCAUCACUGA